UCGAGUUUAAACAAAAUUAGUUCUAAGAAUUAAUAUAUAAAACACAGGAUGUUAGAAGGGAAAGCUGUAAUGGCUGAGACAGAUAUGAAGCAAACAAUGAAGGAAGAUGCUCUCAGUUUGGCCUCCAAAGCCCUUGAUUGCUUUGAUGUCACCGAACCCACUCAAAUCGCCCGUUUCAUCAAGAAGGAAUUUGAUAGAAUAUACGGAUCAGGGUGGCAAUGCGUUGUUGGGACGCAUUUCGGAUCGUUUGUGACUCAUUGCAGUGGCUGCUUCAUCCAUUUCUCCGUUGGCAGCCUUACCAUUUUGCUUUUCAAGGGUUCAGCCGGUGAACCAGCGUCCCGGACCGACGAUCUAGCUAGUUUAGACAAUAUUCUUGUAAAGUAGUCAAAGUUAUCUUUUAGUGUUAUGUUAAAAUCAUUCAAAUUGUUUCAGUACGAUUGCAAUCAUGAUUAACCGUUUAUGAAUGUUUCAAAAGACAAAUAGGCAAAUACUAUUAUAUUGCUCUCUCACAA